GUGGAACCUGUUGGCUCGAGGUUAAUUGUAUCCACUCAGGGGCAACUAUCACCUGAAUCAUGAAUGCAAGGUCGAGCCCACAGGUGUCUGCGCGGUAAGCGUUGAUUGACUCUCUUGACCGAGAGGUUAGCGAGCUCAAUCUACUCAUAUGUAUUGUACAUCCAAUACAUGCCAAAUCGACUGCAAGCCACCGAUGCGCUCGCUGCGCCAUGGAUACCUAGAGUAGGCAGCAGCCAAACGCCAAUGCGGUUGAAACACAGCCCUCGCUGUUUUGGGCCUCUUGGCUUCAGUUGGGUGAGGGAGCCAUCGCCAGAAGCCAACUUUAAUAUUUUGAAUAAUUCAUCAAUCAUGGCAGGUGCGGACUACCCAUACAAACGGCUCAACCUGCCUACUGAAACCCGAGUCCUGAUCGUGUCGCCCGGUCAGUUUGACGACCCUCUCAUUGGCAGCCUGUCGCAUACAUCGAUCGCCUCGCCCGACGAGCCUUAUGAGGCGCUAAGCUACUGCUGGAACAGCAGCGUCAACACGGAGCACAAAGUAGAUCCUGACACGUUGAUCCCUUUCAGUCUUUAUGGCCAUGAUGACGACGGCAAUCUUGUCGACGAAGGCGGCUCGAUCGCUUUCAAGGACAUGGUUGACGAUCCUCGGAUUCACCUUAGGGCCUUCUAUAUACGCCUUGGCGGGAAAGUUCCGGACGGCCUAAUGCUGCUAGACGAUGAGCCUGUGACCAUCGGCGGCGAGUUGUACAGAGCCCUGCGCCAUCUCCGCGACGAGAAAAGCCCCCUGCGUAUCUGGGUGGACGCCCUGUGCAUAAACCAGCAGGACCUGUCGGAGCGGAACGAACACGUCAAGAUUAUGGGCCAAAUCUACGCCAACGCCUCCCAGGUGAGGAUAUGGCUGGGUGACGAGAUCGGCAUCGAAAUGGAAGUCAUCGAUAUGCUGCAUGGGCUGCACGAGUUCUUCCACGACUUGUUUGUCGUGAAGGGUAUGGCCCCCAAUGGUUCGACUAUAAAAGAAGUCCUAUUGCCCUUUGUUAAGUCGCCAGAGAUGCAACGGCUGCAAUGGGAGAAGAUAGCCGAGUUUGUAGAUCGCGCUUGGUUUCAUCGCACUUGGGUCAUCCAGGAGAUUGCCAACGCCCGGAAGGCUAUCGUUCACAUAGGCCGCUGGGUCCUGCCUUGGGAGGCUCUCGCCCAAGUGAUCUCGACGCUCAGGAAAUACCAUCUCGAUGCCCCAAUCAACAUGCACAGAGGCCUCAAAGCCAUCAUCAUGAUGGACUGGCUCCGACAGGAGCGACUUGUCCAACAACUCCCGCACUCGACCAUGGACCUGCUCACCCUAGCCGAGGAGCUCCGCGACUUUCAAAGCACCCUUCCCAGCGACAAGAUCUACGGAAUCCUCGGCCUCACUUCCUCUAAAGACGACCUCACCGUGGACUACUCGCUUACCCCGGAGCAAAUGUUCACCUCGUUUGCCAUUUGGCACCUGAAAACGUCCCCGAAACCCCUGGACAUUCUCACGCAUUGCGUCGACGUCCCCUCCAAGCCCCGCGUGCUUGACCUGCCGUCUUGGGUGCCCGACUGGACGCGAGCUGGCCACGUAGAACCAUUCCGUGUGCGUGGACUGCGCUGCAACGCCUGCGGGAACGGCCGCUACGCCAAGCCCUCGUUCCAAAUAGACGCUAGAGGAGACCCGCGGUCGCUGCACAUCCGCGGCCGCAUCCUCGAUCGCAUUGCCGCCGUUGAGACGGUGCUCGCCAUCCCUGCUCCAAAGGAAUCGCCGGGCUUGCCGUUCAUGGCGCCAUUCGGCGUCCCCGCAGUCCCCGGUGGGGAGGGUGAAGACCAGAAUGAGCUUGAGGAUGAGGGGGAUGAUGAGGAUGAGGGUGGGAAUGGUGAAGACGAUAAUGACUGGGAGGAUGUGGAUGAAGACGAGGAAGUGGAUGUGCAAGAACCUCACCUGCCCGGGCUCAAACCCAAACCCAUCUUCGACCCGGCGCAGCGCAACAGUCUGCGCAUGAAGGCCCGCGUAGAUAACAUGAUCGCGUCGUUCUGCAACAUGUUGCACAUCGCCGACCCAGCACUGGCCCAGGUCCUAGCGGCCGAUCCAUCGCCCCCGGACUCCAACGAGGAGAUGUGGCCAACCUACGAGGCUCUCUGGCGCAGCUAUAUGUGCAACCGUAAACGGGACAACGGGGUUCCCGGCCCUGAGUGCGCCGAUGGAUUCGGCGUUCUGGUGGAGAUGCGGCUGACCGACAAAACCGAGGAAGAGAUCCUCGGGGAGCGGAUGCACCACAUGAUGGCGAUGCACGGGCUGCCCAAGGAGGUGGCUGAUGAAUUCCGUGACAAGCUGAGAACGGCAUACGACACUGUUCUCUGGGCGAAUUCGAAGUGGUGUAACAAUCGAAGGUUCUUCAAGUCCGAGGGAGGAAGGUUUGGAUGGGCGGUGGACGGCGUGCGGGAGGGAGACGUGGUGGUGGGGUUUGAUGGCGGUGAGUAUCUGUUUGUUUUGAGGGAGGUGGAUGGUCAGCAAGGCAGGUGGAGGAUUAUCGGGGAUUGCUGGCUGGGUGGGUUUGAGGAUGGCCAGGGGUUUGCGGAGGAGGGGGUUAGCAAUAGUUUAGGGGACGGGGAGAGGGCUACAAUGUUUAAUAUUAUCUAGAUGGCAUUCACAUUGCCGAGUUCCAUUUAUGUCCAUUUAUAUACUACACCAAUACGCUUUACUCUCACUUCAGUUACCACGACCUAAAGGCUAAGUCAAUCGU